AUGGCUACGAGGGUCGAGGCCGAGUGCUCCUCUACCCAGGAUGGGGACAAGGUCUGCCUUCUUGGCUCUCGGCCUGAGCUCGGGGACUGGGAAGCCGCAAAAGCGCUCGAGCUGAAAACCGGCCCGAAGCUCUGGCCCAGGUGGACGGCCCAGUUGCCGCCGGGGAUGGCGGGAGCGGAGUUCAAGCUCGUCAUCAGACGCCGUGACGGCUCGGUCGAGUGGGAGCCGGUGCCUCACAACCGAUCCUGGCCCGAUGCCCCAACUGGCUCGAAGCUCUGUUUCAGAUAUGGCGAUCAGGACAUGCAGGUCGCAAAAGACUCUGGAUAUUCGAGAGUGAAGUUCGACAUGGGCGAGGACAGCAAGGCCCCACCUGUGCCAAAGGGCCACAGGGCCAAAACACAUCUGGACAUCAGGCAGCGCCUGGUAGCAAACUCGGACAAGUUUCGGAAGAACAUCGAAGAGCGCUUCGAGCUGGAAACCGCUCUGCUCGGGGAAGGUGGCUUCGGCCGCGUCGUCAAGGCCCGUGACAAGGAGACCGGAGCAUGGCGCGCCGUGAAGACCAUUCUAAAGUCACGUGUGACACACAUGGAUGAGGUGAAGCAGGAGCUCCAGCUAACUCAGCGCAUGGACCAUCCGAACAUUGUCAGACUCUAUGCGGUUUACGAAGACCACUGUAGCCUCUAUUUGGUUCUGGAGCUUUGCGAGGGCGGCGAGCUCUUCGAUCGAUUGGUCGACGAAAAAUUCUUGACUGAGCCGGUGGCGAGAAAGAUCAUGAAGCAAGUCUUUUCGUCGAUCGCUUACUGCCAUGCUCGGGAUGUGGUGCACAGAGACCUGAAGCCCGAGAACUACGUGCUGAUGUCGAAGGCGCGGGCAGUCGACCAGACGCCCUUGAAGCUGAUUGACUUUGGCCUGGCAACUUCCUGCAGGCAGGACCAGAGUCUCAACACCGCCGUGGGCACCCCGUUCUAUGUCGCUCCCGAGAUGCUGGGGCAUCCGUACGGCCGGGAGGUGGACAUCUGGAGCUGCGGCGUGAUUAUGUACUGCUUGCACUGCGGCCGGCUGCCCUUCACAGCACCGACAGACCUUGAAGUCUUGAGGCAAGUGAAGCGUGGCCGGUACAGCUUGGAUGGACCUAUUUGGGAUCAGGUAUCUGCGCCGGCCAAGGAUCUGAUAGGCCGCUGUUUGGAGAUGGACGCCGGCAAACGUAUCACGGCGACCGGCGCCCUGGAACACUCGUGGUUCCAAAAAAGCGGAGCGGCAGCCGACCCGAAAGUCUUUGACCCAGAGGUGUUGCAGAACUUGAAAGCCUUCAGCGCAGCAAAUCGAUUCCAGAAAGCUGCGCUCGUAGCCGUGGCAUACAAUCUUACUGCAGAAGAAGGGCAUGAGCUGCGAGAAACCUUCACGAAGAUGGACAAGAAUGGCGAUGGGUAUCUGAGCUUCCAGGAGGUUCAAGAAGGUCUCGGGCCGAUUCUGGAGCGGUCUGGCACCAAUCUAUCUGAAGUGUUCAAAGGAAUCGCUAAUGCGGAAGGGAAGCUUGAGUACACUCAGUUCAUUGCCGCCGCCAUGGACGAGCAAUUACAGGGGAACGAAGAGCUUUGUUGGCGAGCGUUCAAGGUCUUUGACAAGGAUGACAGUGGCGUGAUCACCAUGUCUGAGCUCCAGCAGGUCCUAGGAGGUGAUGAGCUAAGCAAGAUGAUCGAAGGCCAGAGCCUUGCGAAAAUCUUCGAGUCCACUGACAAAGACAGCAAUGGCUUGGUUUCCUUCAGUGAAUUUAUGGAUAUGCUCCACUCCACAGCUGUCCUGGAGCCACAGUCCCCGACACGAUCUUCGAUCUAUACCAGAGCGAUGCCUUCCCAAGGAUUGGGUGCCCUCCUUUCCACUGAGCUGUCUCAGAGUCCGAAAAAUUAG